AUGUCUGAAGACCAACUAAGCAAACUAUUCAUCUCCUACGAAGAGGCCCUUGAAUACUGGCUCCUUACCUUGGGGAAUGAGUCCUCUCAAAUCAAGGCAGCCAAGGUGGAAAACCCAUUGGAGGAACUAUCUAAAACCACCCAAUUAGUGAAGGCUCAUACCACCAAAGUGGGGAUUAUUUUCAAGAAGGAAACCUUGGCAAAGGAGACCCAGACCGCAUGUAAUACGCUUCAAAAACUUUCGGAAUCUUCGAUCUUGUUGGUGUCUGUGGUGAGUCAACUUACUCCAGACCUGAUUUCUAAAAUUUUUUAUGAAGAGAUUGUCAAUUUUGUUAGGUUAUUGUUAACUAGUUUGAAAGGAUUGGUCAAGGAAUUGAAGAGCGAGAACAAGAAUGCCAGACAGGAAGAACAAGAAGCUGAAAUUGAAACCACUGGUGGCGAUAGACUUAUUUCCGUAGGGAUGGUUUGGACUAACUGUGACAAUAUCUGUAGUUUGCUUAAAAAGGGGAAGUUGGGACUUCUUACCCAAAAGAUGAAACAGGGGAUCGAGUUUAUAGAUGAUGGGUUGGACGACUUUGAAGAAUGGGCUGAGGAUCCACAAGAAAUGGGAGACGAUCCCUUUGGUGAGUUCUCUGACGAAGAAGAGGACGAUGAUGAAUCUUCAGAUAAGGAACCUCCAAUCACCGAAGAUUACUCUGAAUUGUCCAAAUACUCACUCUUUUGGUUGAACAAGUUCAAGCUCAUCAAGAUUCUUCUUUCUUCGAUCACCAAGUCACUCCCUCUGGUUACAUCUGCAGAGACCAUCAACACAAUCUAUAGCACACAAAUCAAACUCAUUGCAUCGAUAGAUAAGCUCAUUCUGAGCUUGAUGAUGAAUAUGGAGGUUGAUGAGGAGGAGUCGAAAGAGCUCACCGAUGACAUCGUACGUGCAUGCAAAGUGUUAGUCAAGGAAGUGAAGGCGGUCAACAAGCAAAACGAAAACAAGGUCAAAUGGUGUGUGGCUUGGGAUUCAAAGUUCAAAGAGGGAUUAUGA